GUUUCUCCGCCUUCUGCUUGGCUAGAGCUAUUGGGGCUCGGCGGCGGCCGCAGUGGGGUGGAGGGGGCAGGGCGUGGUGAGGUAAGGUGAGUGCCGUAGUGGGGUUCCCUGGAGCCAUGGCCUGCUCCAUUGUCCAGUUCUGCUACUUCCAGGACCUCCAGGCCGCCCGGGACUUCCUCUUUCCUCACCUGCGGGAGGAGAUCCCCAGCGGCGCCGUGCGGAGGGACCCCAGUAAAUCAACAGACUGGGAAGAUGAUGGUUGGGGAGCAUGGGAGGAAACCGAACCCCAAGAACCUGAAGAAGAAGGAAAUACUUGCAAAACACAAAAAACUUCCUGGCUCCAAGAUUGUGUUUUAUCCUUAUCACCAACCAAUGAUCUUAUGGUAAUAGCUCGAGAGCAAAAAGCUGUAUUUCUAGUGCCAAAAUGGAAAUAUAGUGAUAAAGGAAAGGAAGAAAUGCAAUUUGCUGUUGGCUGGAGUGGUUCUUUAAAUGUCGAAGAAGGGGAAUGUGUAACCAGUGCUCUAUGUAUCCCACUAGCAAGCCAAAAGAGGAGUUCCACUGGGCGUCCUGACUGGACCUGCAUUGUGGUGGGUUUUACUUCCGGUUAUGUACGCUUCUAUACUGAGAAUGGUGUGCUCUUGCUUGCACAGCUUUUGAAUGAGGACCCAGUACUUCAACUUAAAUGCAGAACCUAUGAAAUACCACGACAUCCCGGGGUGACUGAGCAGAAUGAAGAGUUGAGUAUCUUAUAUCCGGCUGCCAUUGUGACUAUUGAUGGAUUUAGCCUUUUUCAAUCUCUUCGUGCUUGUCGAAAUCAGGUAGCAAAAGCUGCAGCAUCAGGCAAUGAGAACAUACAACCACCACCAUUAGCUUAUAAGAAAUGGGGUCUACAAGAUAUUGACACUAUUAUUGAUCAUGCUAGUGUUGGUAUUAUGACUCUGUCCCCCUUUGAUCAAAUGAAGACUGCCUCCAAUAUAGGUGGAUUUAAUGCAGCAAUUAAAAAUAGUCCACCUGCCAUGUCUCAGUAUAUCACUGUAGGGUCCAAUCCAUUUACUGGCUUCUUCUAUGCUUUAGAGGGAAGCACCCAACCAUUAUUAUCCCAUGUUGCACUAGCAGUUGCAAGUAAACUCACUUCUGCUUUAUUUAAUGCUGCAAGUGGUUGGCUUGGCUGGAAGAGUAAGCACGAAGAAGAAGCUGUCCAAAAGCAAAAGCCGAAGGUUGAGCCAGCUACCCCAUUAGCUGUAAGAUUUGGACUUCCAGAUUCUAGACGCCAUGGUGAAAGCAUAUGUCUGUCUCCAUGUAACACACUGGCAGCAGUAACAGAUGAUUUCGGCAGAGUUAUUUUAUUGGAUGUAGCUAGAGGAAUUGCAAUACGCAUGUGGAAAGGGUACCGCGAUGCACAAAUUGGAUGGAUUCAAAUUGUAGAGGACCUUCAUGAAAGAGUACCAGAAAAGGCGGAUUUUUCCCCCUUUGGAAAUUCUCAGGGUCCAAGUCGAGUAGCUCAAUUCCUUGUGAUCUAUGCACCAAGAAGGGGAAUUUUAGAAGUGUGGAGCACACAGCAGGGACCUAGAGUAGGAGCUUUCAAUGUGGGGAAGCACUGCAGGCUGCUGUAUCCUGGCUAUAAAAUAAUGGGCUUAAAUAAUGUUACCAGUCAGAGUUGGCAGCCACAGACUUAUCAGAUCUGUCUUGUUGAUCCAGUGUCUGGAAGUGUGAAAACAGUGAACGUUCCCUUCCAUUUAGCACUAAGUGAUAAGAAGAGUGAACGAGCCAAGGAUAUGCACCUGGUGAAGAAACUAGCAGCCUUACUGAAAACAAAAUCUCCCAAUCUUGAUUUGGUUGAAACAGAAAUAAAGGAAUUAAUUCUUGAUAUUAAAUACCCUGCAACCAAAAAACAAGCUUUGGAAAGCAUUUUGGCAAGUGAACGUUUACCAUUUUCUUGCCUUAGAAACAUCACUCAGACUUUAAUGGACACUUUAAAAAAUCAAGAACUUGAGUCUGUUGAUGAAGGAUUGCUACAGUUUUGUGCCAAUAAACUAAAAUUGCUGCAACUCUAUGAGUCGGUCAGUCAACUAAAUUCCCUUGAUUUUCAUUUAGACACACCAUUCUCUGAUAAUGACUUGGCUGUGUUACUAAGGCUUGAUGAAAAAGAACUGCUUAAGCUCCAGGCAUUACUAGAGAAAUAUAAGCAAGAGAACACCAGGACAAAUGUUCGAUUUUCUGAUGAUAAAGAUGGUGUGUUGCCUGUAAAAACAUUCUUGGAAUAUUUAGAAUAUGAAAAGGAUGUGCUCAAUGUAAAGAAGAUAAGUGAAGAGGAAUAUGUGGCUUUAGGUAGUUUCUUUUUUUGGAAGUGUUUGCAUGGAGAAAGCUCCACUGAGGAUAUGUGUCACACUUUGGAGUCGGCUGGACUUAGCCCUCAGCUGUUGUUGUCUCUGCUCCUGAGUGUUUGGCUUUCGAAGGAAAAGGAUAUUUUGGAUAAACCACAGUCAGUCUGCUGUCUUCAUACCAUGCUGUCCCUCCUGAGCAAGAUGAAAGUGGCCAUCGAUGAGACCUGGGAUUCUCAGUCUGUGUCCCCAUGGUGGCAGCAGAUGCGCACAGCCUGUAUUCAGUCUGAGAACAAUGGAGCUGCUCUGUUGUCUGCACAUGUUGGGCAUUCUGUUGCUGCGCAGAUAUCAAACAACAUGACAGAGAAAAAAUUUUCCCAAACAGUUUUGGGUGCUGAUUCAGAGGCCCUCACUGAUUCCUGGGAGGCACUUUCUCUUGACACUGAGUACUGGAAACUCCUUCUGAAACAGCUGGAAGAUUGUCUCAUACUUCAGACUCUGCUUCACAGCAAAGGGAACACUCAGACCUCCAAAGUGUCAUCACUGCAGGCUGAGCCACUUCCAAGGCUUUCUGUUAAAAAGUUAUUAGAAGGAGGAAAAGGUGGCAUUGCAGACAGUGUAGCCAAGUGGAUAUUUAAACAGGACUUCAGCCCUAAAGUAUUAAAACUGGCUAAUGAAGAAAGAGAUGCAGAAAACCCAGAUGAACCCAAAGAAGGUGUUAACAGAGGUUUCCUUGAGGUAUCAGAGGUGGAGAUGGACUUAGGAGCCAUACCAGACUUACUGCAUUUAGCCUAUGAGCAAUUUCCUUGUAGCCUUGAGCUCGAUGUGUUGCACGCACAUUGCUGCUGGGAGUAUGUUGUUCAGUGGAAUAAAGAUCCAGAGGAAGCACGUUUUUUUGUUAGGUCAAUAGAACACUUGAAGCACAUUUUUAAUGCACAUGUUCAAAAUGGCAUUGCACUGAUGAUGUGGAAUACGUUCUUAGUUAAAAGAUUUUCUGCUGCUACAUACUUAAUGGAUAAGGUUGGAAAAUCACCAAAGGAUAGGUUAUGCCGAAGGGAUGUGGGAAUGAGUGACACAGCAAUGACAUCUUUCCUUGGCUCCUGUUUGGAUCUUCUUCAGAUCUUAAUGGAGGCAGAUGUUAGCAGGGAUGAAAUACAGGUGCCUGUGCUGGAUACUGAGGAUGCGUGGCUCUCCGUGGAAGGACCCAUCUCCAUAGUGGAACUGGCCCUUGAACAGAAGCACAUCCACUACCCACUGGUGGAGCACCACUCCAUCCUGUGCUCCAUCUUGUAUGCAGUCAUGAGGUUUUCCCUGAAGACUGUGAAGCCACUUUCACUUUUUGACAGUAAGGGAAAAAAUGCAUUUUUCAAAGACCUAACUUCAAUUCAGUUAUUACCUAGUGGGGAAAUGGAUCCAAAUUUUAUUUCUGUACGACAACAGUUCUUAUUGAAAGUUGUCAGUGCAGCUGUCCAGGCCCAACAUUCAGCCACAAAGGUCAAAGAUCCCACAGAAGAGGCCACACCCACUCCUUUUGGGAAAGACCAAGAUUGGCCAGCUCUAGCUGUGGAUUUAGCCCAUCACCUUCAAGUUAGUGAAGAUGUUGUUAGAAGGCAUUAUGUUGGGGAGCUAUACAACUAUGGAGUUGACCACUUAGGAGAAGAGGCCAUUCUACAGGUUCAUGACAAAGAGGUCCUUGCCUCUCAGCUGCUGGUGCUGACGGGGCAAAGGCUGGCUCAUGCGCUUCUCCACACCCAGACAAAAGAAGGAAUGGAGCUGCUUGCCAGACUUCCACCCACACUGUGUACUUGGCUGAAAGCAAUGGACCCCCAGGACCUUCAAAACACUGAAGUGCCAAUUGCAACAACAGCUAAACUAGUAAAUAAAGUAAUUGAGCUUUUACCAGAAAAACAUGGGCAGUAUGGUCUAGCCUUACACCUCAUUGAAGCUGUGGAAGCCAUAUCUCUUCCUUCUUUAUGACACUUACCUACUGGAAAUAGUCUAAAAUUAUGAUUAUAACAUGAAGUAGUGCAUGGUUAUUUUACAUAGUAAGACCUGGAAUUUUAUGGGGAAAGUAUGUCUUUUUUUUUUUUUCCUUUUGUAAAAUAAAUAAAAGUAUAUACAACUUUUAAAAAGUACAACCCUGGCUAAAUUCCACUCCUUUGGUUAAUAUUGAAGAUAAAAUAUAAACAAAUAUCAACUCUGUUAUAAUUAAUACAGAUGUUUUAGUGUUUAUUUCUAAUUCAAACACUUAAAUAGCUUUAUUGUUAAACUUUGCUAUUUAAAAUUGAUUAUAAUUUAGAUUAUGUUCUUAUAAGAUUCUAUAUUUCCUAUCGAAAAUGUUGUUGUAAUUCAAUUUAAAUGUGUUCAUGUAUGGUCCCCAUCAGUAGAGUGUAGAAACACCCCACUCUCCUUUAGUAAAUGUUGAGAAAAUGCCUUUGUUGUCAUGCUCCAAAUCCCACAUGGGCUGCCACCUGGGAGUUCUGGAUACUGAAAGCUUCCUUUCCCAGAGGUUCUGCUGUUGCCAUCAGAGGAGGAUGACCAUGCUUGAGGAGGAAGAAUGGGUUCAAGAUCAUCAUAUUCAUCAAAAGGGGACACUAAAUAGAACCCUUAACCUGUUGUACUUGCCAAAAUUGAGAAUAAGAGAUGUGUACAAUGCAGCAAACUAAUUAUAAUGUAAGUUAAGAUUUGCUUUUUGCAAGUUGCAAAGUUGUAUCCACAUCAGGUCACUGUAAAAAUGUAUUAUCUUGUAAAACUUAUGUAAAAAAAAAAAAAAAAAAAAAAAAAAGCAAAGAUACUAAAAAUUUUAAGUCCAACUUUAUUUUUCCUACAAGUGUUUGGAAAUGCUUCUGGGAUUUGCUAAUGUUAUCUUGGGAACAGUAUUGAAAAAACUGCUUAGUGAUAUUACAGCUUUAGCAAACCUACCUCACAGCUGGGAUGAGAGGAUAAAAUACAACUAAUUUUGUACCCUAUAGUGCCUAGAGCAGUCCAAGUGCUAAAUAUUUACUGACUAAAACCAAACUAUAGCUACUCGGGAGGCUGCAGGACGAUCGCUUGAGCCCAGGAGUUUGAGGCCAUCCUGGGCAAUAUAGCAAGACCCUGUCU